CAGGCUUGCCUGCUUCCACCACCAACCUGGCACCUUCUCCGCUCCACAGCCACCUGUCCACAGCCAGCACAGGGCCUUCGCCAUCCUGUUCGCCCGCACCCUUCUUCGUCCCGCUCGACAGCUCGUCGCACGGCCCACCCUCGUCGUACCCCGCCACGUCGCGCGCGUCCCGCUGCGCACCAUGGCCACCGCGCCGAGCAGCUCGCCGCAGGGCAUCCACACGGCCUCGUUCAAGGGCAUACAUGCCGCACUGAACCUGCCGGCGCUGCCGUCGCACCCGUCGGCCGACCCGGCGCGGCAUCCGCUCGACGCCUUCCUGCUCGCGGCCGCCGAGCAGGUCGCCGCCGCGCUCGACAUCGACUUCGACAAGGCGUGGCAGGGCACGCAGCUGCACUCCAAGGGCGCAGACAUCAUCGUCACCGUGCCGCGCUUCCGUCUGCCCGGCAAGCCCGCAGACGUGGCGCAGAAGGUGGUUGAUGCGUUCAAGCCCAAUGCCUACCUCGAGUCGGCGACGAACGAGAAGGGCUUCGUGUGGAUCACCUGCCACACCCCGACACUCACUGCGCUCACGCUCGGCACGAUCCACGAGCUCUCGCGCGGCCGCUCGAGCGGCUCGUGGGCCGGCGAGGAUCUGGCGGAGAGCUCAGGGCUGUACGGCACGAACGCGUCGGGCGCAGGCAAGCAGAUGAUCGUCGAGUUCUCCAGUCCCAACAUCGCCAAGCCAUUCCACGCCGGACACCUGCGCAGCACCAUCAUCGGCGCCUUCAUCGCCAACCUGUACGAAGCCAACGGCUGGAAGGUCGAGCGGUGGAACUACCUCGGCGACUGGGGCAAGCAGUUCGGUCUCCUGGCCGUGGGAUGGGAGAAGUACGGCGACGAGGCGCUGCUGAAGGAGGACGCUGUCAAGCACCUGUACGACGUGUACGUGCACAUCAACAAGACGGCCGAGGCAGAGCCAGAGAUCCACGACGCUGCGCGUGCCUACUUCAAGGCCAUGGAGGACGACGACGAGCACGCGCUCGGCCUCUGGAAGAAGUUCCGCGACCUCUCGAUUGAGAAGUACAAGGAGACGUAUGCCCGUCUCAACGUUCACUUCGACGUGUACUCGGGCGAGUCGCAGGUGUCCAAGCAGAACAUCGCCACCGCCCUGGAGCACAUUCGCGCCUCCGACUACGUCGAGAAGGCCGAGAACGGCGCGCUGCUGAUCGAUCUGAGCAAGUACAAGCUCGAGAAGGCGGUCAUCGAGCGCAAGGACGGCACGCCGCUCUACAUCACCCGCGACAUUGGCGAGGCCAAGCAGCGCUGGGACCGCUUCGUGGAGCAGCGCGGCGACGGCCUGGGCUUCGACAAGAUGAUCUACGUUGUCGCCUCGCAGCAGGACCUGCAUCUGGCGCAGUUCUUCAAGGUGCUCGAGCUCAUCGGCUACGAGUGGGCGCAGCCCGCGGCGCAGCGCCUGCUGCACAUCAACUUCGGCAUGGUGCUUGGCAUGUCGACGCGCAAGGGCACGGCCGUUUUCCUCGAGCACAUUCUCGAUGAGGCCAAGGAGAACAUGCACAACGUCAUGCGCUCCAACGAGGACAAGUACGCGCAGGUCGAGAACCCCGAGCUCACGGCCGACGUGCUCGGCAUGACGGCCGUCAAGGUGCAGGACAUGGGCGCCAAGCGCAUCAACAACUACCAGUUUGACUGGAGCCGCAUGCUGUCGUUCGAGGGCGACACGGGCCCGUACAUGCAGUACAACCACGUGCGGCUGUGCUCCGUCGAGCGCCGCGUGGCUGACCUGGACGGCGUCGCGCUCCCCGCCGUGCUCGACCCGUCCUCGCUGCGCCUGGAACUGCUCGCCGAGCCCAAGGCGCGCGAGGUCAUCAUGCUCCUGGCCGCGUGGCCGGAGACGGUGCGGGCCAACCUCAAGGAUCUGCAGCCGUCGACGAUUGUGCACUUCUGCUUCCGUCUCUGCCACGCGCUCAGCAGUGCGUGGGAGAUCCUCAUCGUCCGCAAGCAGGAGAAGGACCUGGCUCUCGCGCGUCUGUUCCUCUUCCGCUGCUCGAAGGACGUGCUCAGCGCAGCCAUGCGCCUGCUCACCAUCCAGCCGCUGCAGCGCAUGUAGACGCGUCGAUGGGCACGCAGUGCGCGGACCUGGGCUGGAGCAUCGGGCCAUCUGCCGUUCUCGCCCCGAUGACCGCGGCUGGAUCAGCGAUAAAAACGUAUGGAUUUAGCUCACGACGCUUGGCGCUCGGAGCAUGCAAGGCGUAAUGGACAUGAUGUGGCGGCACGAGCGGCCGGACGAAGGCAAUCUCGCCCGAGUCAGCUCGUUCCGCGAGUGACGGCG